AUGUGGCCGCGGCGGCGAUGGCGCGCAGGAAGUGACGACGAAGGUCGCGGCGAGUGGAAGAGGGGGUGGGAAGGGGGGGAGGGGGGUGGGGAAGGGUGGGUUGGGGGGGUCGCCCCAUCCGUCACCCACGCUCACUGCCCGUACACCGCACACGCUCACUUCCCUCCGUCGCCCACGCUCACUGCCCGUACACCGCACACGCUCACUUCCGUCCGUCGCCCACGCUCACUACCCGUACACCGCACACGUUCACUUCCCUCCGUCGCCCACGCUCACUGCCCGUACACCGCACACGCUCACUUCCCUCCGUCGCCCACGCUCACUGCCCGUACACCGCACACGCUCACUUCCCUCAGUCGCCCACGCUCACUGCCCGUACACCGCACACGCUCACUUCCCUCCGUCGCCCACGCUCACUGCCCGUACACCGCACACGCUCACUUCCCUCCGUCGCCCACGCUCACUGCCCGUACACCGCACACGCUCACUUCCCUCAGUCGCCCACGCUCACUGCCCGUACACCGCACACGCUCACUUCCCUCCGUCGCCCACGCUCACUGCCCGUACACCGCACACGCUCACUUCCCUCCGUCGCCCACGCUCACUGCCCGUACACCGCACACGCUCACUUCCCUCCGUCGCCCACGCUCACUGCCCGUACACCGCACACGCUCACUUCCCUCCGUCGCCCACGCUCACUGCCCGUACACCGCACACGCUCACUUCCCUCCGUCGCCCACGCUCACCACCUGCCCCUCGCCUUCUCUCAAAGACCCUCUGUCGCCUAUGCUCCCUCCCCAUCCCCGCCUCCCCAUCCCUAACCCUCUCCAUCCCCCAUCUCCCCAUCCCUCACCUCCCAGUCUCUCAUCUUACCAUCCCUCAUCUCCCCAUCCCUUCCCUCUCCAUCCCUCACCUCCCCAUCCCCCACCUCCCCAUCCCCGCCUCCCCAUCCCUUCCCUCCCCAUCCCUCACCUCCCCAUCCCUUCCCUCCCCAUCCCUCACCUCCCCAUCCCUUCCCUCCCCAUCCCUUCCCUCCCCAUCCCUUCCCUCCCCAUCCCUCACCUCCCCAUCCCUCACCUCCCCAUCCCUCACCUCCCCAUCCCCGCCUCCCAAUCCAUUCCCUCCCCAUCCCUCACCUCCCCAUCACUUCCCUCCCCAUCCCUUCCCUCCCCAUCCCUCACCUCCCCAUCCCUUCCCUCCCCAUCCCUUCCCUCCCCAUCCCUCACCUCCCCAUCCCCGCCUCCCCAUCCCUUCUCCCCAUCCCUCACCUCCCCAUCCCUUCCCUCCCCAUCCCUCAUCUCCCAUCCCUCACCUCCCCAUCCCUCACCUCCCCAUCCCUCACCUCCCCAUCCCCGCCUCCCCAUCCCUUCCCUCCCCAUCCCUCACCCCCCCAUCCCUUCCCUCCCCAUCCCUCAACUCCCCAUCCCGUCGCCCACGCAAACUCUCUUUCCGUCGCCCAGCUCACCAUUCCGGCCCACCCCAUUCCGCCCCACCCCAUUCCGCCUCACCCAUUUCCACCCUAAACCCCAUUCCGCCUCACCCCAUUCCGCCUCACCCCUUUCCGCCCCACCCCAUUUUGCCUCCCGUCCUCUCUCUAUCCCCUCCUCUUCCAAACCCAUCCCUCCUCACCUUUCCCCAUCCCUCCUCUCCCCAUCCGUCCUUUCCCCAUCCGUCCUCCUCACCCCAUCUCCUCCUCACCCCAUCUCCUCCUCACCCCAUCUCCUCCGCACCCCUCAUCCCUUGUGCUUCUCUGCACUAGGGAGCUCCUUGGGGAGGGGAGAUGCGGUUGGCGACGGGCAGAGUCGGCCCAGAAGAGGCGGACGUGGUGCUGCUGGAGCCCCCCGUCCCGUCCUCCCAACCUAUCUUCCACCUGCAUACCUUCGUCUGCGCAUCUCCCAAUUCCUCAUCUCCCCAUUCCUCAAAUUGCUCUCCCUUGUUCUCCCCCGUCUCAAGUCUCCCCAUCCCUCAAAUCUCCCCUUCACUCACCUCCCCAUUCCUGUUGUUGCUCUUGCAACAAACAUGAGGAUCCUGCCCUCUGCCCCCCUCCCGCGUCGCUAUCCCUGCCUCUCCCCCGUCAACCCCAUCCCAUCCCUGUGCCUCCAGGGACGGGGUGGACGUGGAGCAUAG